AUGGACCUGGCCAGCUCCACUGCAAGAGCCCUGGAGGGGCCAGAGCUCAUCAGAGAAGCAAAGCGAGCCGGCGACUGGGGGCAGGUGCUGACAGCGCUGGAAGACAUCCUUCGGCAAAGCCAGGGGCCGGACACAGCAUGCUGCCUGGCCGAAAGGCCGGAUGCCGUCUCCUACAACGCGGCCAUCACGGCCUGCGCAAGGGCUCGUCGCUGGCCCCUGGCUUUGCGGCUCUUCGCAGGGAUGCCGCGAGCAGCUGUCGCCCGCGACGUAGUCAGCCACAACGCGGUCAUUGAUGCAUGCAAGAUAGGGGCAAACUGGCGCCUGGCCUUGGUCUAUUGGAGCCACAUGUCCGAGGACUCUUUCCCUCGCUCCACGAACGCAUACAACGCGUGCAUUAGUGCUUGCAAAGCGAGCAGCCAGUGGCAGUGGGCCCUAUGGCUCUUCCAUGACAUGAGGCGUGCGAGGCUGCAGCCCACGAAGAUAACGCACAGUGCCUCCAUGAGUGCCUGCUUGCAAGAAGGCGAGUGGCAGGUUGCCUUGCUCCUUUUCGGCCUCACGCGCUGCACCAAUGCCAAGCGGGACACCUUGGCUUUCAAUGUGGCCAUCCAUGCAUGCAGUCACAGUGGUCGGUGGCAGCUGUCGUUGGCACUCUUGCAAGAACUGAGAGGCUCUGCCUUGCGAGCGGACCAGAUCAGCUUUUCCACAACCAUGGCUGCUGCGCAUCCUGAUGGUCGGUGGGAUGUUGCUUUGAGCCUGCUGCUAAGCAUGAGAGCUGGAGGUGGCGUGCCCAACGAGGUCAAUCGCGCGGGUGCCCUAAAGUGCUUCAAAAGGCAUGGGCGAUGGCAGCUUGCCGUGCUCGCGGCCCUGCCUUUUGCACACGGCAAGGAGGGAGUUGUGGCCAGAACGGGGGCGAUCAGCGCCAUGCAACUGCACGGCGUUUGGGAGCAAGCUCUCAGUGCGACGUGCAGCGCCCAAGCAGGCAGCACAAGACCAGACGGCAUAAUGAUGACGGCCGCCAUCAGCACCAUGAAGGGCAUGUGGCAGCGUGCACGAGGUCUGCUGCACGGGUGUGGGUCAGCUCGCCUCAAGAGCAUCGCGGCCCACAAUGCAGCUCUGGCCACUUUUGAGGCUCGCGGCUGGUGUCACGCACUGCAGCUGGCUCUGGCUGCUCGAUGUGCUGGGCUGGGCCUGGAUUCAGCGAGCUUUGAUUCUUUAAUGGCCACUUGCGGACAUGAUGGCGGCGAUGAUGGAACUUGCAGCUGGGACCAGGUCCUCCUGCUGUACUCAUCUAUGGCGGAUGCGAGAGUCAGCCCCGGACAGCGUGCGAUGGAUGCGGCUUUGCAGGCCGCACCCUGCCCGGAGCUUCUCGCCGCGCUGCCGCGCCUCGCGCUGCGUCCGAGUGCUGCGAAGGCCCUCAUAUGCGCUGCGCCGUGCAGCGGCGUUGGGCGAGUGGCCGAGGUGAACUGCCAGUCGCUGCGCUUCACGCAGAGCAGCAUCAGUGCCAGAUUCCACAGCGGGCAAUGGCUGGAGGCCAAGAUCCGAGCACUUCUCCGAGGGAGCGAAGAUCCAGAAGAUCCCUGGUUUAUGCUGACAGUGGUGAAGUACGGUGACCGACUCUUAUGCAUGAGCAAUCGCCGUUUGUACUGCUUGCAAAGUUACCAAGCUCGAGCGCAGUCGCGUGACGGUUUCUGGGAUGGCAUGGUGCUCGCACGCAUCUUCGAGUGGCCAAACUUCAGCGAGGGACCAGAGGUCUUUGAGGAAUUCAUUCAGCAGCUGAACAACGCCAGGGGGUGUCGCUUGGAAGACGUGACGCUUCGAGAAGGAGGGUCAUCGAAUGAUCCAAAUGCCAGAAAUACAAAAACAGCUCGCGCAGCGUCUAUAGCCAUGUCAUGCUGGCACCAUGCUGUUGGGAAGUCAGCAGGCCGAAGGGGUGUUCUGACCUGUCCUUGUGACGAGUGGAUGCCGACUGUGCAACGGACUGACUGCUCGCUGUUUCUUUUUCUUUCUGACCCCACGGUAGCAGAGGAUCACUUAAUGAGUAUUCUUGGGGUUGGCCAUGCCGGCCAUGUGCCCUGCGAGGAAGGUUUCUUUCGUUUCCCCCAGCUUCCCACCAGUUCAGGGUGUGCAUGCACCUUUCGUGCAUGUACUUAUACGGGAUGCACGCUUCCUAGAGGCAGCCCGUACACUGCGCCAGUAGAGGUCUACCGACCCUUCAACGGAAGAGGGGCACACUGUAGCCGUUGGCUGCAAGGCCUCCUUUCUAGAUGCCAAUGCAACCGGGAACAGUUCCAUGUUCUGACAAACGCGGAGUGCUGA